CCAUUCUAUUUCUUUACUACAAAACACACACUUUCUUCAUUCUUGCACCUAUUUCUCUCUCUCUCUCUCUAAAACUUUCCUCAUUUUGCAAAAAAAAAACAAAGAAGAGAGAGAAAUGGCGUCGUCUAGGAACGAGUUAUUGCCAUUUUUGGCAAUGGUGAUAGUACAAGUAGGGUACGCGGGGAUGAACAUAACCUCUAAGGUGGCUAUGGAAUCUGGCAUGCCUCCAUUGAUUCUUGUUGCUUACCGUCAACUCUUUGCUACUCUUUCUAUCGUCCCUUUCGCUUAUUUCUUCGAAAGAGAAAAAAGGCCCAAGAUCACCAAGCAAAUCCUCUUUCAAAUCUUCCUUUGUUCCCUUUUUGGGGCAACCUUGAAUCAGAUAUUCUAUUUCGUUGGAUUAAAAGAUACCACUGCAACUAUUGCUUGUGCAAUGAACAACAUGCUCCCCGCAAUGACCUUCAUCCUUGCCGUCCCUUUUGGCUUAGAAGCAGUCGGAAUCAAGAAGAAGGGAGGGCAAGCGAAAAUACUAGGGACAAUCGUGUGCAUUGGUGGAGCUAUGUUACUUUCGUUCUACCAUGGACAUCUCAUUGACAUACAUCAACCCAAAUUUCACUGGCAUUUUAGUGAUGGUUCCGCGAGUACAAACAAUGGUUCGAGUAGUCACCUACAUGUCGUGUUAGGACCGGUUCUUCUCCUCUUAAGUAACCUUGCUAUGGCUAUUUGGUUUAUCAUCCAAGCGAAAAUGAGCGAGAAUUUUCAAGCUCCUUACACAAGUUCGGCCUUAAUGGGGUUUAUGGGUAGCAUCCAAUGUGUUAUCAUAGCGGCUUGCACGAACCAUACGGUUUCUGACUGGUCCUUGAGCUCCCCCAUUAGAAUGGUCGCUGGUAUCUACGCGGGUGUCGUGGGCUCUGGACUUGCGGUUUGCCUAAUGGCAUGGUCGAUACAAGUAAAAGGUCCUUUGUAUGUCUCAGUGUUCAAUCCCUUAUUGUUGGUGAUUGUGGCUUUGCUUAGUUGGGCCUUGCGUAUGGAGAAACUCUAUAUUGGAACGGCUAUUGGAUCGGCGUUGAUAGUAUUGGGCCUAUACGCAGUUCUAUGGGGAAAGAGCAAGGAAAUCACCAACGACGACAAUCAAAUGGACAUAACCAAUAUUCAAUUUAAGAUCGAGGAAGACAAAAACAAUGAUGCAGAAAAGGAAGACUUGGAAAAACAACAACAAUUGGUGAUCGUAAGGGGGAAACUUAAUGAUCAUUUGGAGAUAAUAAUAUGAUGAAAAGCUUUGGAAAAUGAACGUUAAUCAAGUAAUCAACGUAUGAUUUUACAUGCAAGCUAGGUCAAAGAAAGUGUUAAAUGGCAAAAGGGCAUGUCCAAUCCCUUCCAUAUGAAAUGAAAAAGAAGGCCCACUUGAAGAAUUUCACAAAAUUAAAGUUAUUUGGUGAAUAAGUAGAAAGAUUAUAAAGUAAGUUGUAUCUUGUAUGAAUUUUGUAGUUUGAUUGUUCUUAAAGUUGAUUUUUCAUGUGGAAAUGUUUUUAUCGAUGUGAUUGAAACAUGUUUCUUAAUGAAGAUUUAAGGAGUAUAUUGCUCAAUUUUGAUUGAAA